GCACUUAACAAGAAACUGCAACAUGCUGGCAAUGGUGACAAGAAGUCGUGCCACAGUCUAACCCACUGGCCAUGCUCAUGUGUCGCCGAGUAACAGCAAGUGUGACACAGCUCACAACAGUUCAUACUCAACAGACAUCGGUGCGAAGAUUUCUACAAGAUUUAGCCUGCCGUCGUUGUUCCCUCAUUGGCAAACCAGCACAUGGCAGUCUUGCACUUAUGCUUGUUAUCAACAUUGAAGACGGGCAAAAUCCUGGCCCUGCUAGUCGUGAUUGUCUAUUUGCUGCAGCUUGUGAUUAACUGUUACAUCAACCAAGUGAUCUGGACUAGGAAAAGCUACAAGAAGAUUCAAGAGCCUCUCGUCAUCUUGGUUUGGCAUUGGCCAUUUCAUGCAAACUCCACUCCAAGGGAAGAUGUUUGCCUGGAUUUAUAUGGUGUUGCCAACUGCAUUCUCACACACAACAGGUCCAUAUUUGAUCGUGCUGAUGUUGUUGUGUUUCACCACAGGGAGCUCCAGCUCAAAAGCUCCAGACUACCACAGCUGGCCAGACCUCCCAACCAGAAGUGGCUCUGGGUUUCUUUGGAAUCGCCAACCAACACAAAGAGGAUUCAUCAAUUCAAUGGCUAUUUCAACUGGACUAUGACCUACAGGACAGACUCGGACAUCUUCAUCCCUUAUGGAACCCUCUUACCAAGUAACCAAAGUGAACAAAUGACCAAUUUCUCCAUGCCAAAGAAAUCUCGCCUUUCGACAUGGGUUGUUAGCAAUUAUCACAAGAAUAGUCUAAGGGCAAAGGUGCAUGCCAAUCUGUCCAAGCACAUGCCAAUUGAUGUCUAUGGGAGAGCAGCCAGAAAAUUCCUCCCCAGCGAAAUGCUGCUGCCAACAAUCUCUCACUAUGCCUUCUACCUGGCUUUUGAAAACUCCGUUCACACAGAUUACAUCACGGAGAAGCUAUGGAGAAACUCUUUCAUGGGAUCGUCUGUUCCUGUGGUGUUAGGACCUCCACGCGCUAACUAUGAAAGGUUUGUCCCACCGGAUUCCUUCAUUCAUGUGAACGACUUUGCCUCUGAGAAGGAACUGGCCAGCUUCCUAAUGGAUCUGAGGGAGAACAGCACUCAAUAUGAGCAGUAUUUUAACUGGAGGAAAAGGUUUGUGGUCAAGCUGAACACAAACUGGACAGAGAGGUUCUGUUCCAUUUGCACUAAAUUUUAUAGCCUUCCUCAGUCAAAAACAUAUCAUAAUUUACAUGAUUGGUUUCACCAGUGACAGACUUCUUUUCAAUCUACCUCAUAGCAUGAUUGUUAUUUCUUUAAAUCAAUGUGUUAAAAUGAUUGCUGCUAUUUUAAAAUGUCCCUAUUUAGAUGUUUUAGACCAUUGUCUUCAAUUGCUAAAAUUAUUCAUUUGGAGAGGGUGCUGGGGAGCAGGCAGGUCUGGGGAACGUCAGUGAGUGGAGGAUUUGCAAUAGCUCUUAACAGCAGAGCAAGGUCAUGGGAGAUUUAAAAGCGGUGCUCAAAAUUACGUGCAGUUUUUUUAUGAGCAGAUCAAGAGAAAUAGUUUCAGUUUUCAGUAACCGAGGGAUACAGACUUAGCAUAAUUGACGAAAGAACUAGGAGAGACAAGGAGAAAGACUUUUUUAAAUGCACUGUUGUUGUGAUUUGAAAGGUAUCGCUGAGGGACUGGUGGAUGUAGAUUGAGUUAGUAAUUCUCAAAAGGGGAAACAAACAUGUCCUUUCAAAGGAAAAAGAGAUUCUUGAUUGAUUUGGUUUAUUAUUGUCACGUGCUGAGAUACAGUGAGAAGUAUUGUUUUGCAUGCUACCCAGGCAGAUCAUCCCUUACAUAAGUACAUCAGUGUAAAAGAACAGAAUGCAGAGUAUAGUGUUACAGCUACAGAGAAGGUAGUGAGAGGGAGCAACUUUAAUACUUGACUGACUGCGAAGAGCCUGGAUAGUUUAAAUGGGCCAAAUGUUCUGGAAUAUUUUACGACUGUAACAAGAACCUAAUUCUCAUCAGGUUGGCCAACAAAUACUAAAACGUAUGUAGUGCUUUGGUGAGUAUUUGAACUUCCAGUGAAUCCUUUCUGCUUCUCAGAACUAGAUGCAAAUUCAACAACAAAUUGUGUAGGUAACUGUUAAUUAUUAUUAUCAAGCAAUUCAACUGGCUUUGCCAGUCUUGGUACUGCCCAGUGAUCUGGAGUGAAAAGCAACGCAUUGGGUGGAUGCUGAGAAAGAUCUGGGUCAGGCUUAUAUCCGAUCUCCCACCUGACCACAUCAGAGCAAAUGAACUGCUUCCUCUCAUAAUGUAAGCUCAAGCACUAUGUGUGUGUGUAAACUGCCGGAUGUUACCACCCAGCAAGGAAUCAAACCCCAAUGUGAAUUAGCACUUGCAAAAAGCAAUGAGAAAGAACAUAAUGAGGAUGGGGAUGCAUGAUUCUGUUUAUGAGGAGUGGGUGAGACAGAGGAGACAGAUAGCUUGGGAUGAGAAGGUGUGAGAAGAUAGCAAUGUAAUCUUUCUGACUAUAUUAUUCCUGCUGUAAUACAAUAUCAGAUUAGUAUAUUAAAUCAUCAUUAUAUCAAAGCAUUAAUAUAUAAUCAGAAUUCACAAUAUUUCAUAUCUGGCCUGAAGUCUAUAUUAUUCAGAACUGACUCUGUGAAUCACUCUAAGACUGUAUUUCAAACUUGAAUUUGUAUUUUUUCUGCAACUUUUUCUUGAAGGUUACUCUUUAAAAUGUAAAUUUACUUUUGGUGCUGGUAAUAUUUUCUGAUAUGAAGUAAGAUCUAGCAUAGUGCUUCGCUCUGUAGGCAUGCUGACUGGGGCCCCAGACCCUUGUACAGCAUGGGGCCUCACUGACCUUUACAUGAGAACCCCACCCAGAACUGUAGUGGAAGAACUUGUUAAAGAGAUUCUACCUGGGUUCACUUUACGACAGGUUCAAUGCAGAUCAUAUCUCACAGGGUCAUGCAAGAGGAUGACAAGGACUGGUGAAUAUAAGUGUCAUUAUAGGGUUAAUGCUUUUCUGAGGCUAUGAGCUGAAGGAAUAUCAUUCAUGCUCACUCCAGAGAGAUGGACUCAUUAUCAAGCUUUUGACAUUCCUUACCUGGCAAUUCUUGGAACAGAUCUAAGUGGGUCAAUGUCCCUUCCCUGUUGGCAUCCAGAGGAAGUGUGUGCUGGUCUCAGUCAUAGAGUCAUACGCACGGAAACAGACAUUUCAGUCCAACCAGUCCAUGCCGAACAUAUCCCAAACUAAACUAGUCCCAUCUGCCUGAGCUUGGCUCAUAUCCCUCCAAACAUUUCUUACUCAUGAACUAAUCCAAAUGUCUUUUAAAUGUUGUAACUGUAUCUGCAUCCACCACUUUCUCUGGAAGUUCAUUCCACACACGAACUACUCUCUGCAUAAAAAAAUUGCCCCCACGUCUUUUUUAAACUUUUCUCCUCUCACCUUAAAAAUCUGUCCCCUAUCUUGAAAUCCCUCAUCCAGAGAAAAGACACUUGCCAUUGACUUUAUCUACACCCCUCAUGAUUUUAUAAACCUCUGUAAGGUCACCUCUCAACCUCUUAAGCUCCAGUGAAAAAAGUCCCAGCCUCUCCUUAUAACUCAAGCCCUCCAUUCCCAGCAAAAUCCUAAUAAAUCUCUUCUGAAUCCUCUCCAGCUUAAUAAUAUCCUUCCUAUAACUGGGAGACCAGAACUUGACACAGCACUCCAGAAGAGGCCUCACCAACAGCAAUGUUGCAAUUGACCAUGGGCUAUGUGGCUUAGGGGGAAAUGCCAGCAGGUACAAAAAGAAAGCAGCCAAUAGGACUGCUCCUUAUCACUACAAAGUGACUGCAGUUCCACUCCAUUGGUGCUACCAUUCCAUCUCACUGCCUCCUCACUCGCCCCCAACCACCUCAUACCCCAUUGCUAUAAAAACAUCCACAAGGGCCAUGGGAAAAUGGUAUGAAAGCCUACACCACUGUCCCCACAUUGUUGGGCCUGUACUCAUGGUAACAGAAGUAGGCCAUUCAGUCCCUCAAGCCUGAAUCUUAUCCAGAUUUACCCUGCCUAGAUCUGUGAUCUGAGUCUAUAACAAAACUCUAUGACUGUCAGUUUUGCAAUGUCCAAUUGACUCCUGCCUUAAUAGGUUUUAAGAACAGAGGUCCAGAUUGCCUUCAUUGUGUGAAGGUUUCUUUCUGACUUCAACCUGGAAUGGGUUAACUCAAACACUGGGACUCGCUAACUCGAAAAAAUUGUUUCUUUUCAUCUAUCCUAUCAAAUAAUUCAAUCACCUCAAUUUGAUCACGCCUUAAUCUUCGAUUCCCAAAGUUAUAAAAUGCCGAGUCUAUGCAACCUGUGUUCAUAACUUAAAACUAUUACCUCCAGCUUCAUUGGUCAGUGGACCAAAUAAUCUCCUUGGUGUGGAAGCUAUGUCGCAUCACUCUCCCAGAACCAGGACUACAGCCCAGGUCAAUGCACCAGCAACUAACCCAGCACCAAUGGUAUUUCUCCCAUUGCCCAGCAACCUUUCCAAGCAAACAACCUAGGGGGUGUUGGAUUCUGAAACCAGUACUUUGCUGAUGGAUUUUUGGAGUGUGCUGUAAGGUAGGGAGAGGUUUCUGACAUUGUGUUAAUAGUGGAUACAUCUGACCUGUGAGAGUGAGAUCAGUAACUGUGUGUCUACCCCUGGGAGAGAUCCCUCAUUGAUGUAACUGAAAUGCUUAAACCUCUGUAUUUGGUGUAAUUGUUUCUCUCAGUGUUAAGUAUACAGUAACUCAUUUAGGAUAAAUGUUAUAUUGAACAAAAAACAAAUACAUUUAAAUAAAAAAUACAAAUGAGACACGU